AAGACAUCCUCAUAUCAACCCAGCGGGAUCGAGGAGCUGAGCCGGCAAUCACACAAGUACAUACUUCUCCGACGGAGUUUCGACCAGGAUAAAUGAAACCACUUGAUUCACUGGUACGACACGUUCGUCCUUUCAGUCUUUGGACGGCUUCUCGUGCCAAAGUCUUGCCCAUCACAGUCCUUAGUGGAAGCAGGCAUCCCCCGCCAUCUCCCCCAAAACAACCAGGCGAGAGAGACGAUAGAUCUGAGGCAACAGAUCCAAAAAUGUCGGCCCUGAAUGUCUUCAAACAACCCCUUGCCUUUUUCUCCGAUCGUCCCAUGACAGGCUUUUACAGAGACGGAUAUUGCAGGACCGGUGCGGCCGAUUUUGGAAACCAUGCUGUGGCAGGUGUCGUAACAGAAGAGUUCCUGAACUAUUCAGCUGCACAAGGAAAUGACCUUCGGAUAGCAGGUCUAAGCGAGGGGUGCAAGUGGUGUCUGUGCACAAGUCGGUGGCUUGAGGCAUUCAACGCAUUCAAAGACGGCCGAAUCAGCAGGAAUACUGUCCCGAAGGUACACUUGGAAGCGACCGAGGACAGUGCUUUGCGGCAAGUUGAUCUCGAGAGCUUUAAGGAAUUUGCAGUCAAGCCGCAAACCAACGGCGUCACCAAUGGUAUCAACGGUCAUUCGUAAAACCUGGAUUUUGGUCGGGGGACAAGAGUAGCACAUUCGGAUUAGUAGUAUCCAGAACUCGGGACAAAAAGUGAACUCUUACCUCAAAAAGAGAAAGUGAUAGCCGCCCCCCAGAGUAAUCGGAAUCGAAUUGAAACCCCGUC